UCAGUCGACGCACUCCGGGUUUUUGGCUUGCGAGAGCUCGAUCGAUCGUUUGGGAUUUCUUUGUGUUUUGGGGCUUGAAGCUGUUUUCAUCUGGUGCAGAGAGCAGCAGAGAUGGCGAAAGCAGAUCAGCGGUUUGGUCAGCGGGACGGUUCGGACCAGAACUUCGACUACAUGUUCAAGUUGCUGAUCAUCGGAAACAGCAGCGUGGGGAAAACGUCAUUCCUCUUCCGCUACGCCGACGACUCCUUCAGCAACUCCUUCGUCAGCACGGUGGGCAUCGACUUCAAGGUGAAGACCGUCUACCGCAACGACAAGAGGAUCAAGCUGCAGAUCUGGGACACGGCGGGGCAGGAGCGUUACCGCACCAUCACCACGGCCUAUUACCGCGGCGCCAUGGGCUUCAUCCUUAUGUAUGACAUCACCAACGAGGAGUCCUUCAGUGCCGUCCAGGACUGGGCCACCCAGAUUAAGACAUAUUCGUGGGACAAUGCCCAGGUCAUCAUGGUGGGCAACAAGUGUGACAUGGACGAGGAGCGAAUCGUCCCUCCAGAGAAAGGAAAACACCUCGCUGACCAGUUAGGCUUUGAGUACUAUGAAGCGAGCGCCAAGGAGAACAUAAACGUGCGCCAGGUGUUCGAGCGGUUGGUGGACAUCAUCUGCGUGAAGAUGUCGGAGCGUGUGGACGUGGAGGUGCCGGCGGCUCCGGGCUCCAAGACCACCAGACUGACGGACAAACCCGUUCAGCUCCCUCAGCGGUGCUGCUGAUUGUCCAGACAAAGAAAAAGCAAACAGUAACAUUCCUGAACACACUUUCUCUGCUUCAGUCCAUGUUUGUGAGCAGUCGCCAUGGCAACUGCAGUUUCUGUGAAAAACAACAUCUAGAAUAAUCCCAACACUGCCCCCUAGAGUCAAAGGUCAGCCAUUACAGAGACGGAG